CCCCGGCCGGGCCGUCCUCCGCAGAGGCAGCCCCUCGGCUUCCCGGGAAGCGCUCUUUCUCUGAUUGGCAUUGAAACGUACAGCCCUCCCUUUUCCUGUAGGUGGGGUUUCCAUAGGAAAAAGCUGCUUCUCUGUUUCCCCAGCUUAGCAACUGUUUGGAAGGCAGAUCCCCUCAUCCUGCUCCACUGGGUCAAGCCCCUCUCGGACCAGCUUCUGACCAUCAUUUGCUGAAGCGGACAAACGGGCGCCCCUAUGCAGGGUCUCCCCAGCGAUUUCACUUCAUCGGUGCUUGGACCGCUCAGGUCUCUUCAGAUGAAGAUGGCCUUGCCUGGGAAUCCCGCUCGUUCCGUCGUCAUCUAGUUAUGGGACGAGGUUGUGCCAGCAGGUCUGGGGGCAGAAGAACGGGGCAGAUCAAGCUCCCCAGGAAGCACUGGAGGACUUGCCCAGCCUUGAGCACUCUAGUGGUUUCUGAGUCUAGCCCGCUCUGGUGGUAAGCAUGAUGCGACUGCUGCCGUUCCUACUGGGGCUCUGGGGACCAGGUGGCUACUUGCUCCUCUCAGGGGACUGUCAGGAGGUGGCCACUCUCACUGUGAAGUACCGAGUAUCAGAGGAAGUGCCGCCCGGCACGGUGAUAGGGAAGCUGUCCCGGGAACUGGGCUGGGAGGAGAGGCGGGGGCCAGCGGGGACUGCCUUCCAGGUCUUGCAGCUGCGUCAGGCCCUCCCCAUCCGGGUGGGCUCCGAGGACGGCCUGCUCAGCACCGGGACGCGGCUGGACCGAGAGCAGCUUUGCCGGCAGCAGGAUCCCUGCCUGGUUUCCUUUGACGUGCUUGCCACGGGGGAUUUGGCUCUGAUCCACGUGGAGAUCCAGGUACUGGACGUCAACGACCACCAGCCAUGGUUCCCCAAAGACGAACAGGAGCUGGAAAUCUCAGAGAGUGCCUCUCUGCGUACCCGGAUCCCCCUGGACAGAGCUCUCGACCCGGACACUGGCCCCAACACCCUGCACUCCUACACCUUGUCUCCCAGUGAACACUUCGCUCUGGAUGUCAUCGUGGGGCCUGAUGAGACCAAACAUGCGGAGCUUGUGGUGGUGAAGGAGCUGGACCGGGAAAUCCACUCGUGUUUUGAUCUGGUGUUGACUGCUUAUGACAGUGGGAGCCCCCCCAAGUCAGGCACCAGCUUGGUCAAGGUCAAUGUCCUGGACUCCAACGACAAUAGCCCUGUGUUUGCGGAAAGUUCGUUAGCACUAGAAAUCCGGGAAGAUGCUGCCCCUGGCACUCUCCUCAUAAAUUUGACGGCCACUGAUCCUGACCAGGGCCCCAAUGGGGAAGUGGAGUUCUUCCUCAGUAAGCAUGUGUCUCCAGAGGUGCUGGACACCUUCCACGUAGAAGCCAAGACAGGCCGGGUGAUCCUGCGUCAGCCCCUAGACUACGAGAAGAAUCCUGCCUACGAGGUGAAUGUCCAGGCAAGGGACCUGGGUCCCAAUCCCAUCCCAGCCCACUGCAAAGUUCUCAUUAAGGUCCUGGAUGUCAACGACAAUGCGCCGAGCAUCCACAUCACGUGGGCCUCCCAGCCAUCCCUGGUGUCGGAAGCUCUUCCCAAGGACAGUUUCAUCGCUCUUGUCAUGGCAAAUGACUUGGACUCAGGAAACAAUGGUCUGGUCCACUGUUGGCUGAGUCAAGAGCUGGGCCACUUCAAGCUGAAAAGGACCAAUGGCAACACAUACAUGCUGCUAACCAACGCCACGCUGGACAGAGAGCGGUGGCCCAAAUAUACCCUCACUCUCUUGGCCCAAGACCAAGGACCGCAGCCCUUAUCAGCCAAGGAACAGCUCAACAUCCAGGUCAGUGAUGCCAACGACAAUGCCCCUGUGUUUGAGAAGAGCACGUACGAGGUCUCCACUAGGGAAAACAACCUGCCCUCCCUCCACCUCCUUACCAUCAGGGCUCACGAUGCAGACCUGGGCAUUAAUGGAGAAAUCUCAUACCGCAUCCAGGACUCCCCAGUUUCUCACUUGGUAGCUAUUGACUCAGACACAGGAGAGGUCACUGCUCAGAGGUCACUGGACUAUGAACAGAUGGCCAGCUUUGAGUUCCGCGUGAUCGCGGAGGACAGGGGGCAGCCUCAGCUUGCCUCCAGCGUCUCUGUGUGGGUCAGCCUCCUGGAUGCCAACGAUAAUGCCCCAGAGGUGACUCAUCCCAUACUCAGUGAUGGAAGAGCCAGCCUCUCCGUGCUCGUAAAUGCCUCCACAGGCCACCUUCUGGUGCCCAUUGAGACCCCCAGUGGCGUGGGCCCAGCGGGUGCCGACACCUCACCACUGGCCAUCCACGGCCCCCGGCCAUUCCUUUUGGUGACCAUUGCAGCGAGAGAUGCAGACUCUGGGGCCAAUGGAGAGCUCCUCUACAGCAUCCGGAGCGGGAAUGAAGCCCAGCUCUUCGUCCUCAACCCCCACCUGGGGCAAUUGUUCAUCAACACAACCAAUGCAAGCAGCCUCAUUGGGAGUGAGUGGGAACUGCAAAUAGUGGUAGAAGACCGUGGCAGCCCCUCCUUGCAGACGCAGGCCCUGCUGAGGGUCUUGUUUGUCACCAGUGUGGAUCACCUGAGGGACCUGGCCCGUGAGGCCGGGGCGCUGAGCACCUCGGUGCUGACAGCGGUCUGCCUGGUUGUGCUGCUGGCCAUCUUCGGGUUGAUCUUGGCUCUGAUCGCGUCUAUCUGCCGCACAGAGAAGAAAGACAACAGGGCCUACAACUGUCGGGAGGCUGAGUCCACUUACCGCCACCAGCCCAAGAGGCCCCAGAAACACAUCCAGAAGGCAGAUAUCCACCUCGUGCCUGUGCUCAGGGGCCAGGUGGAUGAGCCUGGAGGAGGUGGGCAGCCCCAGAAGGAUGCCAGCAGGGAAGCAAUGAUGGAAGCAGGCUGGGACCCCUGCCUGCAGGCCCCCUUUCACCUCACACCGACCCUGUACAGGACCCUGCGUAACCAAGGCAACCAGGGAGUGCUGCCAGAGAGCCGAGAGGUGCUGCAGGACACUGUCAACUUCCUCUUCAACCACCCCAGGCAGAGGAAUGCCUCUCGCGAGAACCUGAACCUCCCUGAGCCCCAGCCUGCAACGGGUCAGCCACGCUCAAGGCCUCUGAAGGUCGCGGGCAGCCCCAUGGGGAGGCUGCCUGGAGAGCAGGGCUGCGAGGAGGCCCCGCUCAGCCCACCAGCCUCCUCUGCAACCCUGAGGCGGCAGCGGAAUCUCAACGGCAAAGUGGCCCCUGAGAAAGAGUCAGGCCCCCGUGAGAUCCUGCGGAGCCUGGUCCGGUUGUCUGUGGCUGCCUUCGCAGAGCGGAACCCUGUGGAGGAGCUCACUGUGGAUUCUCCUCCUGUUCAGCAAAUCUCCCAGCUGCUGUCCUUGCUGCAUCAGGGCCAGUUCCAGCCCAAACCAAACCACCGGGGAAAUAAGUACUCGGCCAAGCCCAGCGCCAGCAGGAGUGCAAUCCCAGAAGCAGAUGGCCCCAGUGCCACGGCUGGCGGCCAGGCAGACCCGGACCAGGAGGAAGGGCCUCUGGCCUCUGAAGAGGACCUCUCCGUGAAGCAGCUGCUGGAAGAGGAGCUCUCCAGCCUGCUAGACCCUCACACAGGCUUGGCGCUGGACCGGCUGAGUGCCCCCGACCCAGCCUGGAUGGCGAGGCUGUCCUUGCCCCUGGCCACCAACUACCGCGACAACGUGUUCUCCCCGGAUGCCGCGGCUUUGGAGGAGCCGAGGACCUUCCAGACGUUCGGCAAGGUGCCGGGGCCCGAGCUGAGCCCCGCAGGCACGCGGCUGGCCAGCACCUUCCUCUCGGAGAUGAGCUCGCUGCUGGAGCUGCUGCUGGAGGGGCGCAGCGGCGUGCCCGUGGAGGCGGCCUCGGCGGCGCUGCGGCGGCUCUCCGCGUGCGGCAGGACCCUCAGUCUGGACCUGGCCACCAGCGGGGCCUCGGGCACAGACGUACAGGCCCCACGUGGAAAGAAGGGGGCCAAGGGCAGGACCGACAGCAGAAGCGGCCUGUGGACCCCGGAACCGGGGGUCCUGGCGGGUAUUGGGGAGGCCAGGCCCAGAGGAUCCUGCAACAUGUGCUGGUUUCUAAAAUCUUUGAACUCACUGACCAGAGGUGCCCCAAGAAAUUUAGGAUGACUGAUGCUGCCCCACAGAGGAGGGUGGGCCCAGGACUAGCCGCUGGCUGACCAAAGCAGCCCCUUGUUAGGGGAUGGCUCUGCCUGUGGAUUUUUUUGGAGGACAAAGACAGUUUGUGACUAAGUGUUUGCUGGCAAAACACAUGUAGAGCACAGAGGGUCGCUCCUCCUGUGGAACAGAUGCCAGGGAGUGUCACAGCAGGAAAGAUGGCCUCAUUGCAUACUUGAGGGUGGGGGCUGGGUCCUGGGGCACCAGGCAGAGCUCUCUGACCUACUAAUAAAGGAAAAGCAGUGGCUCCUUA